UUCGUUUAAGUAGCCGUGAAGGAAGAAGACACGUACAGCCGCACACCCAUCUUUCCUGUUAUUUUUGAAUUGUUCAGUAUUUAGUUUCCGACCAUGCCUGAACCCUCCAAGUCCGCCCCGGCCCCGAAGAAGGGCUCCAAGAAGGCGGUGACCAAGGCGCAGAAGAAGGACGGCAAGAAGCGCAAGCGCAGCCGCAAGGAGAGCUACUCGGUGUACGUGUACAAGGUGCUGAAGCAGGUUCACCCGGACACCGGCAUCUCGUCCAAGGCUAUGGGCAUCAUGAACUCGUUCGUCAACGACAUCUUCGAGCGCAUCGCGGGCGAGGCGUCGCGCCUGGCGCACUACAACAAGCGCUCGACUAUCACUUCCCGGGAGAUCCAGACGGCCGUGCGCCUGCUACUGCCUGGGGAGCUGGCCAAGCACGCUGUGUCCGAGGGCACCAAGGCCGUCACCAAGUACACCAGCUCCAAGUGAGUCAGCCCGCAGCGGAGCGAUCGGCCAAUAAGUGUGGAAACGUUUCCCCCAAAAGUAUGCUAUUCUACCAAUUGGCCACUUGCUGCAAAAUUUCCUAUUUGUUCCAAUUCCAUGUGAAAAUAUACAGGUGACCUAAUAAGUUUAAUUUGCAAUAUGCUAAGACAGAAAUGAGUGACUAGCCAUGAAAAGUCUCAAGGCUCAAGUCUUGAAAGGGGGAAGGGAAAAACUACUUUGAAUAUUUGUUUAAGGCCUCACAUUCAAGGUUGAAUGGGUAUGAUACACAUCUUUUUUGAAACUUUAUUUUUUUUAGGUGAUUUAAAAUGUCAAAUAUCUGAAUUUUUAAAUUGGACAUGAUAUUAAAAAGGUAUGAUUUUAAUGUAUGUUAUAAUAAAAUAGAGACAAAAUAUUUCCGGAAGAUUUUCUCAUGCGCUUAUAAGGAAGGAAAAUAUCCAUGAAUAAGUUAAGGGUUUUCUGGGUAUGUUUUAAUUCUUAAAAAAAGGUAUUAUAUCCCGUCUACUUUAUUUCCAAAAAUAAUACAGAAUAUAAUAUUGAGAGUAUAGGCAUGGCCCAUUCAUUCAAUUUUGCAUAAUACAAAACAUUCAAUAAUAAAUUCUAAUGUCUUUGCACUUGUUCAAGGGAAAAAAAACAUAAAUUUACACCAAAAACUAGAAUAUAUAUGUGUGGUGAGAACUUGAAGCUACAUUUAAAAUGUAACCCAGAUAUAUAAGUGUCAUUUACUAGUUUGUUCUUGUGAAAGAAUAUUUUGAAAAUAUGGAACUGUAUAAAAAUAUUCCACUCCAAUUGGAAGGUGACACUGUAUAAAUGUAACACUGGACUUUUAAAAAUAAUUCUUAAUUUGAUUGUAGUUUUAUCUUAAUUCACUUUUCCCCCCAAUAUUUGUAACUAACAUCUUUAAAAUAAACUAGUGGAAAACUAAGGUAUUCUGUA